AUGAACCUAUCACCAAAUGGAUGGAAAUUAUUACAGCAUUGCGUUUAUUUAGAUGAAAAUUUUAUAAGCAUAGAUAUACUCAAAGAAAUAUUAACAGAAGAAAAAAGUGAUAAUGAAAUUGAUAUCGAUAAAGAAAAAGAAGCGCUAGAAGGAACUUUCAUUAUGCAAGAAAUUGAAGAUAAUGAAAAUUUAGCCAAUUUAUAUUUAAAAAAAGCAAAAUACGAUGAAAAUAAAUUAUGCAAUUUUAAAACUUUAUUAAAAUAUCAUGAAAAUAAUUUGAAAAUACUAAAAACAUUAUAUGAAGGUAGUCAUGCACUUAUUACAAAAUCAUUGAAUAAUGUUGGAUGCAUUUAUGAUCAAUUAGGAGAUGCACAAAAACGAUUAGAAUACUUUGAACAAGCAUUAAAAAUGAGACGAGAUUUAUUUAGAGAUAGUCAUUCAGAUGUUGCACAGUCAUUGAAUAAUAUGGGAUACAUUUAUGGCAACUAUAAAAGCCUUGUAUAUACACUCUAA